AUGCCGCAAUUGACCCGCAACGCGCCACCGCUGCUGACGAUGGUGGGGGGAAUGCCGCAUGCUACCAGCGCACACCACGAAGAGGACGAAGAGCUGAUAUAUGGCGAUCCUGUCUCUUCGGACGAUGAAAUCGCUGCUCCUGUUGCCAGUUUGCCGAGUGUGGAAGACACAGCUUCCGACACGGCCACAAAAGAUGCGUCAAAGAGGGGACUGAGGAGGCGCAAACCUCCAAUACGCGUACCGCCCAAGGGCGCUUACGAGCAUGGUAAGAAGGAAAAGCAGAUGGUAGCAGCGACGGCAGACGCAGAGAAGGAGAACACCCUUGGGUCAAGCCAGCCGCAGUCCUCGGCGGAGAAGAGAAAAGCGGGUGGCCGGGCAGAAGAUUGCGGUCUUGACUUUGGAUUCAGAUUCGAACACCGCAAGCCGCCCAUAAAGAAGCAGAAAACUUUUCGGAACAUACAUGCGCCUACGCAGCGCAAACCAGCGACAUUUGGGAGUAAAAGCUACGCCCAGAGGAAACCAGCCUAUGAGGUAGAGGACGAUGAUUCUGAUCUAUCCGAUGUGUCUAUGGUUUCGGUAAAGAGCGAUAUCCAGGAAAGGCCGAAGACUUCGCGUCCUGCCCGCAGAAACAAAGACCCUGAACUGCCGACGCCUGGAGCUUCUGUGGCGACUAACCGACCGAAUCUUCUGAUAUCACUGGGCGCAUACCGCAAAGACAACACACCCGCGAGUUCUCAAUCAGUGAGCAACAGCACGCCGCCAUCCUCGUUCGCAGCGGGGGAAACGUUGGGGUCGCUAGAGCGAUAUGCAAACGACAUUGUUGCUGAGACCUCGAACGCCACGUGCCCACUGUGCGAGGAACCCGUUGACCAGCAGCACUACCUCGACUUCUGGCAAUGCGGCAAGAAGCCCACUAUACGCCAGCAGCAGCUAUUCUGCCGGGAACACACAAAAAGAUCCGCAUUGGAAGAGUACAAGAAAAGGGGAUACCCGGAUAUUGACUGGAGCAUACUAUCGGCGCGGGUGGCUCAGCAUUCCGCGUUUCUUACAGCCAUCCUGCAAAACGAGCGCCCAAGUCAUUAUCGAGAGCUCCACGCCGGCAUGGGCCGUCAGACCGGCAGCAAGAUGAUGGAGUCAAAUGCUACGCUGACACAUACUGGUUACUACGGCAUCCGGGGCAGGCGCACGAUGAUGGAGAGCAUCGGCUCUCAACUUGCCGACGUCAUCCGCGACCAGGCGAUCAAGGAUCCCGUGAUUGGAUCUGCUGGCGGUGUCGCGAAUUUUGUCCUCAGAGUAUUGGUGCCGGAAUUGGCGAUUCUGUUGGUCAUGGAAGACUACGAGUGUUCGGAGCAAACGGCGCGAGGCAUCAUCGAGGAAAGCGGAGAGUUGGGCUGCCUGGUGCAUGAGGAGCUGCCUGACGAAGUGCAGACGUGGGAUUCGGAUGAAGAUGAUAUCGAGCAAGAUGAGGAAUGA